AUGUCAUCAACGUCUCUAGACAAGACUCGUUUUGUGGUCGACCAAGAUUUAAGUCUCCCAGGGAUGGGAGGCUUCUUUUUGAACGUUUUCCGCGGCUUGAUUUGUUUCUCAGUUAGAGAAAAGGCUUGUAUCUACAACCCUAGCACAAAACGACUCUUGACCUUACCCCCCAUAAAAUGCGACAUCAUAGUUGAACAAGGUCAAAACAAGGAUACCAAAUACUAUAUCGGACACGACCCCGUUAGUGAUCAAUACAAAAUAUUCUGCACAAUUGCGAUAUCCUCCACAAUUUUCGCCAAUAUCAAGUCAGAGCAUUGGGUGUUCGCAAUAGAAGCUGGAGGUUCGUGGAAAAAGGUUGUUCAUUUGGAAAAUGAUCAUGCCCCUCUCUUACGAGGACGGGCAAUCAAUGGAUCAGUAAUACGUUAUAUGGCUUUGCUUGAUAUGUAUACUUGUGCGGUUGUGAGUUUUGACGUUAGGUCUGAAGAGUUGACUAUCUUCCCUAUACCUAGAUUACUCGGCGAUGUGGAUGUGUCUAUGUAUGCAAUUAUACACAAGGCGAAUAUUAUAGAGUAUGGAGAAAAAUAG